AUGUUCAUCUUCUCUUUCAUUGCUGCUGUAGCGAUAGUCACAUCUGCAAUAGGAAUGCAACACAAGCCACAAUAUCGAGUACAUGAAACAGGUAAGAGUGAGCCUCAAUCGACGGUCGAGUAUUACAACUUGAACGAAACGCAAUAUCUUUUCUUCUCUCAGAGAGUGACUUGGGACGAAGCGCGUGUGCUGUGCAGCUAUUAUAACGCGAAACUCGCCAUUUUAAACACCAUGGAGAAGGCCAAAAGCGUCGCAGAGACGAUAGCGGAUUCCAAUAUAGAAAUGGAGGAAGACUCGUGGCUCGGUGGCCGACGCUUGGGAAAUACAUGGUCGUGGAUGUAUGAUCACAUUGAAUCACAGAAGAAUACCGAAAUACCUGUGGAAACAAACAUGGAGAAUUAUCCUCCGUGGGCUAGGAAACCGUCGCGAUCGAUGAAGGACUGUUUGGCGAUUGACCGUCGCGCUCAUUCUCAUCCCAAUUUCGUCGAUCUCGAUUGUCGUCUGCAGCGACCGUUUAUUUGCGAAAAAAGAUCCGAUGAGGAAACCGGCAAACCCAUACCUUUCAAGUGGGUGCAGAUACAACAACACACGUACACCCUUUAUCACGCCAGAUUCACCUGGGAAGAAGCCGCGGUAUACUGUCGUUUAUUAGGCGCCAGAUUGGCGAUCCUGAAGAGCUCUAACAUCAUCGAAAUCCUCGCCAAUACCAUGACGAAGGCUCGUCCAGACUUCGAGACUGUCUGGGUCGGGGCGCACUAUUCCUACGGACAAUGGAUCUGGAUGUCCACCGGUGCGGGUUUGGAUCCUGUAACGAAUAAGAAUGGAUAUCCGCCGUGGAGAUACGGCAGAUCGGAGAGGAAUGAAGGAUGCCUACUCCUCGAUCGGCACAUGGAAAAUACGCCAAACUUCAUCGCGGCAAACUGCGACCGCAAGCGUGAUUUCGUGUGCGAGGAAUAUCCGGAAGACGAAACCACCAGUUGGCUGAAUGAGCCGAUAAAGUUCGCGUACGGCAAUAGCAUCUAUAUCAUUUAUCCGAUAGAAAAGACCUGGCAAGAGAGCAGCGCGUUCUGUAACGAGCGGGGUAGCGUACUCGCUUAUAUGAACGACAUAAAUGUCACCAAUUUGAUCGUCGAAGCAAUGGGCGAUCAUCCCAAAGACAUAAGUCACAUUUGGGUCGGAGGGCAUCUUGUUAAACCGAACGAGUGGCAAUGGGCACAUAGUGGUCGCAGGAUCGCGAACAAGAAGGAUUCCUUCGGAUUCCCACCGUGGGCAAACAUGAACGAGCAAUUCGAUUAUUAUAUUAGGCAUUCGUCGACCUGCUUAAAUUUAGAUCGCAGUGAUCAUGUGAAGCCGCAUUUGUACGGCCUCGACUGCAAUAGCAAGCAACCGUUCGUUUGCAAAAUAACGUGCGACGUAACACCGCCUGUAAAGAACGGUAACUGGAUGUGCCGGGAUACGGCAAAAGGCAAGCACUGCGAAUUACAUUGUGAUAAAGGAUUCAUGACAAUGGGCGUAAAAAAUAUAUCCUGCACAUAUCAAAACGGCUGGAGCACUAUAAAAAAUUGGCUCGAGGUUCCGCUCUGUCUCGAAUUGAAGGACUACGCGAAGCGAAUGGUGAGGUCGUUGGAUCACGAUUUGCAAAUCAGCGCGGGCUACUACUUCAUUCUGGAUCACGCGAACGAAAAAAUGCAAUCGUCAUCGUUGCGUUUCGUGGAACAAAUUCUAAACAUUUUUCCGAUAAAUUAUAAUCUCAAAAUGGGAAUGUAUUGCACGGCAUCGCCGACUCAAUUGCCAUUCAAUCAAACCGACAUUUGCGCCACUUUACAUACGAUUAAUAAUCUCACAAAAAAAUCGAACGCUAUUGACAGCCGUCAACAAGCGCAUUCUGAUAUCUUGCGUCAGCACCUGUCGAUGCACAAGGGAAAAAAAAUCGUAAUAUUCACAGUCAUCGACGUGAAGCAUAUAUCUCGUUACAUAGAAAUUCUUGUCCAUAUGAAAACUAUCGGCAAUCAGAUAGUUGCAAUCGGCUUGCAGGAUGAUUGGGAAAUUUUAUUAGCCUUGGCUUCUAUCGGCUUCGAUCGUCGUAAAAAUCUUUAUCUAUUCAAUACAACGCAAUUUGACACGGUUAUCAAUGAACUGCACAGUUUCAGGAAGAGGACGCUAAAAUGUCCAACAGAAGGGAAUCUCAUCGAUGUGUAUUCGAUUAAAUCUAAAGCAAAUACAGAUUCAGCUCUUCACGGAUUCGGCCUAAAUGAUACAUCAGUCAGUAAUAUGGAAAACAUAACAAAUAGUUCUAAUGAGCAAAAUCAGGCUGAUAUAAAUUUGCAAGAACAGGCAAAAUCUAAAGGUGAAAAUCCAAUAAAGCCUCAGGAUCAGGAUCUAGGAUAAUCAAAAGGAUAAUCAUCAGAGAACAAUAGUAAUAAACGUUUCUUUCGCUCAACAUAUAAAAUAUUUCUUCGAAGACAUAACUGAAAAUAAUUAAAAAUUCAUAUUAUUUCGAUUCUUAUUUUGCAGAUAUGUC